UAUUUUAUUUUGAUGUGUAUUUGAAAGACUUCGCAAGUCGUACCGACUCGUGAAUCUUGAGAAGAGAGAGUGAGAGAGAGGGAGAGAGAGCGCUCCACAGGAGAAGAAGGAGAAGGAGAAAGGAGAAGGAGAAGAAGUGAAGAUGAAACACAAAAAGGAAUCAACGAUGAAGCUGGGAACUUUAUGCCCUAAUCUCAAUCUCAAACUCCCAUCUUCCGAUGAACAAAAUGUCUCCAAGUUCUUAACUAAAUCCGGAACAUUUGUGGAUGGUGAUCUACGCGUGAACAAGUACGGAGUUAGAAUUGUUUCCCAUAGCGACGUCCAAAAUCCACCACUUAUACAGCCAUUAGACAACCAGAUAUGCUUAGCCGACUUUGAUGCAAUUAAAGUCGUUGGAAAGGGAACUAGCGGAAUUGUGCGACUGGUGCAACACAAAUGGACUAGGCAAUUUUUUGCUUUGAAGGUUAUUCAAAUGAGUGUUGAAGAGUCUACUAGGAAGCAGAUUGCACAGGAACUGAAAAUUAAUCUCUCGACGCAAUGUCCAUAUGUUGUUCUUUGUUACCAGUGUUUCUAUGACAAUGGUGCGAUUUCUAUAGUCUUGGAAUACAUGGAUGGUGGAUCCCUUGCAGAUUUUUUAAAAAAGGUCAAAAUAAUUCCGGAGCCAUAUCUUGCUGCCAUCUGUAAACAGGUGCUCAAGGGUUUGUGCUAUCUUCAUCAUCAAAAGCACAUUAUUCACAGGGACUUAAAACCUUCUAAUUUGUUAAUAAAUCAUACAGGGGAAGUCAAGAUUACUGACUUUGGUGUGAGUACGAUAUUGGCUAGCACCUCUGGACAGGCCAAUACUUUAAUUGGCACGUACAACUAUAUGUCUCCAGAGAGAAUCAGGGCAAACAGACAUGGCUACAGAAGUGACAUUUGGAGCUUAGGAGUAAUUUUGCUCGAGUGUGCAGUGGGCCAAUUUCCAUAUUCUCCACCUCAGGAGGAAGGAUGGACUACUGUCUUUGAGCUCAUGGAAACCAUCGUCGAGCAACCCCCACCCGUUGCACCUGCUGAUCAAUUUUCAUCAGAGUUCUGCUCAUUUAUUUCUGAAUGUGUGCAGAAAGACCCAAACGCCAGACGGUCAGCAAAUGAGCUCUUGACACACCCUUUUAUCACCAUGUUUGAAGACCUGGAUAUUGAUCUUGCUUCAUACUUCACCCAUGCAGGAUGUCCACUUACAACAUUCUAGAACUUGUUAGGAUGAACAAAUCUUUUAUAAAAUAAUGGUUGCACAUAGCAAAAGAAGAGCAUGAGGAUUUCUUAACAGGCAAGGGAACCUGUUUCAGAAGCGUGGCGUUUUCAAGCUGUCGAUUACAACUGAAUUAUGAUGGUUCUUGAGUCAAUUUUAGAGUGAGAACCGGCAAGCGUAUCCGAGCAUUUGCGGGAUGACGAUAUCAGUGUCGAAAGAGUUGGUAUGAGGAUAUACUAUGUUAGAAACCAGGAAGAGAGGAGACGAAAGCGGUAGGACAGUGGUUGGGCGCUCCUUUACCAAACAUGUCUGGGUUUCAAGUCUCCCUCUCAUCUACCUUCUCUUUAGGUUAGAAAUAUAUAUAGUGUGUUGUAUUCAAAAAAAAAAAAAAUUAAAAGAAAAACAAAAGAGGAUGGAGAUUGGCCUCUGUACUUGCUCGUUGUUGAGAUAUUGAAGAAUUUGAAAGCUUUCAUGUAACUUGUCACAGCUAAAUUUGAAAUUAUUGAGCAAGCAUAUUUUGUGUUGACUUGGA